GGCCCAGGAUGGCGCUGCGCUGCGCGGCCCCGGGCCGUGUCCGCUGGCUGGCGCGGGCACUGGCGGGCCCCGCUCGGCUCCUGCCGCCGCCCGCCGCCGCCACGGCCCCGCUGGGGCCCACCCGGCUCCCCCCGCCCCGGCCCAGCGCCCGGUUCGCCAGCACCGCCGGGCCCGGCCCCGAGGGCCCGCAGCGGCGCGUCGUGGUGGUGAGGAUCACCAGCCCCAUCGCCUGGCUCCGCACCCGCUUCUACUACCUGCUCAUCCGCCUCUACUUCGAUCAGGAGUUCAGCGUCGAGGAGUUCACGCGGGGGGCCAAGCAGGCCUUUUCUGUUGUUUCAAAGCUGCUGUCUCAGCGUAAACUUGACCUGCUGGAUGAACUUGUGUCCCCAGAGGUACUUCAGGUGCUGAAGGAAAAGAUUUCUUUGCUCCCUGACAGCCACAGGGACGCUUUAGCAGCUGACAUUGAUUCAAUCAUGUACACAACAGAAGGAGAUGUUCGCAUUUACUAUGAUGAUGAUGGAAGAAAGUUUGUUAGCAUCCUGAUGUGUUUCUGGUAUCUGAAUGGUGCUAAUCUACCUGAUGAAGUACCAGGCGGAGCCAAAGUUUUUCAGAUUGUGUUUGGAGAUGAAAGCACAAAAGAAAAAAAACAUCUUUUAACAGCAAACUAUGAGUUCCAAAGAGAAUUUACAGAAGGAGCAAAACCAGACUGGACAAUUACACGGAUUGAACAUCCAAGGCUAUUAGAAUAAAUGCUUUCUACAGCCUUUUUAUGUACUAUUGUAAAUGUUCUGAUGUAACAACUAUCAGGGGGUUUGGGGUCUCUUUUUUUCCUUUCUUGCCCUUUCCUCCAAAAGAUAGAUGAAUUUUGUAUGUUUGAUUCUCAAAAAUUUUUUCUGAAACAUUCAUUGUGCUGCAGUAUUCCAAUAAAGCCUUUUCCCUGGAACAGGCUAGUACAAAUUUAAUUGGCUCCAAUGCUCAUCCAAGACAUUUAGGCAGAGCAGUUUCACCCUGGCAGGUGCUAUGGGUAUGUUGACUUACAUUCUGAGAAGAGAUGGUACUGUUUGAAGAUAAACAACGCUUUAAUGGCUGAUGGCCCUUCU